AUGUCAUUUGCUAGGCUUCGUGAUAUCCUCCUGCUGGCAGGAUUGGUCGCUGGUGGUUAUCCCCCCAAGCCCAAAGAUCUGAUAACGAUCAAGUCCAAAUCCCUUCCAGGAGCGACUAUUACCUACAAAGAAGUUCCACAAGGGGUCUGUGGCCAUGCCAAGUCAUACUCUGGCUAUGUCAACUUCCCCCCCAACUCUAUGCGUGAGGCACCGCAGGAUUUCCCAGCUCAUAUAUACUUUUGGUAUUUUGAGUCUCAAAUAAAACCAAAAACCGCUCCCUUAGCCAUCUACAUCAAUGGCGGGCCUGGGGCAGGAUCGAUGGUUGGAGUGUUUGUUGAGAGUGGGCCAUGUCGUAUGAGCGAUGACGGCCGGUCAACCUUCCCUAAUGAGCAUUCUUGGAACAAAGAGGCGAACCUGCUAUAUAUCGACCAACCGGUGCAAACUGGGUUUAGCUACGAUGUAUUGACCAACGCCACGUUUGAUUUAAAGACUAGUGUAUUCACACCAGAAGAAUACGGCCAUGAGCCGAGUGAUGACGGUACCCUUCUAUCAGGAACGUUUGGUAGCGGGGAUAUUACAAAAACCGCAAAUACAACUGCCAACGCCGGUAGGCAUAUGUGGAACGUCCUCCAAGUAUGGACUCAAGAGUUCAGCCCAUACGCCUAUAACAGGGCAAACGACAAAAUUUCUCUCUGGAGCGAGUCAUAUGGUGGCCGAUAUGGCCCUGGAUUUAUGAAUCGCUUUCUUGCACAGAACAAGCGCGUCGAAGCUGGUCUCGUAACUGGUACCGUCCUUCACUUGGAUACCGUUGGGAUAAUAAACGGCUGCGUGGACCUAAUCUCUCAACAAAAAGCAAACAUUGAUUUUGCUCAUAACAAAAAUACCUAUAGGAUAGAAGCAAUUGAUGACGCUGGUUAUGACAGGGCAAUGCAUGCCUAUGGAAAAAGGGGAGGAUGUCUAGACCAAAUUAAGGAAUGCCAGGUACUCGCUAAGCGGCUGGAUCCCAAUGGGUACGGACAUGUUGAUGAAGUUAACGAAAUUUGUCAACGGGCGAACGACUUCUGCCUCAACGAGGUAGACGGCGUUUACGUCAAUGAGGCUAAACGGGGCUAUUUUGAUAUUGCUCAAUGUCACCUUGACCCGUUCCCUUCCAACAACUUUUUGGGAUAUCUGGCCAUGCCUGAAAUUCAGCAGGCACUAGGUGUUCCAGUCAACCAUACCGACCCAUCCCAUGCGGUUGAGAAUGUUUUCAACAUCACAGGAGACUAUCCACGAAGCGGCAUGAAUGGACACUUGGUUGAUCUCGCCAACUUGCUAGACUCCGGCGUGAAAGUUGCUAUGGUAUAUGGUGACCGGGACUUCUCAUGCAACUGGGUUGGCGGUGAGAAAGUUAGUCUCUCUGUUGACUACAAGUACACGAAACAGUUCCGAGAAGCCGGGUAUACCAGUGUUUUCACUGACGGCUCCAGCGUUCCCAAGGCCGAGGUACGCCAACACGGCCGCUUCUCAUUCACCCGCGUCUUCCAAUCCGGGCACAUGAUGCUUGCAUAUCAGCCUCAAGUUGGAUAUGAGAUCUUCCGUCGCGCUAUGUUUGAUAUGGACAUUGCUACUGGUACCGUUACCGAGGAUAUUGAGAACUACUCUACGCAGGGAGCAGCCAACUCUACCCACAUGGAACCAGUGUUACCAACUAUUCCUCCAACCUGCAACUUCUGGCAACUCGGGUCGACGUGUUCGCAGAACCAAAUUGAGGCAGUUCAGAAUGGGAAAGCCAAGAUUGUGGAUAACAUCAUUGUGUAUCCGAAACAGGACCCAGAUGAAUGCCCUCAACCCAGUUCUAGGAGCUGGCAGAAUAACCAUGAGCAACAACGAAUUAAUUUCUGA